AUGAUAACUAUUUAUCGCUUCAUUUACGAUAUUGCAGGUUCUAGUUUUUAUAGUGAUGGUACAAUACAAACUGAAAAAUUUGAUGGAAUACUGCUCUGCUGUGGCCACCAUACAAUACCAUAUUGGCCAGAACCGUUCCCCGGGCAGGGUAAAUUCCGUGGUGAAAUUAUUCAUAGCCAUGAUUAUCGCGAACCGUUCUCGUAUAUUGACAAAACUGUAGUAGUGAUUGGAAUUGGCAAUUCUUCUGGUGAUAUUGCAGUCGAUUUGAGUAGAAUCGCCAAGGAGGUUUACAUAUCAACCCGUACUGGCACUUGGGUGCUUAAAAGAAUUUGGGAUAAGGGUGAACCAAUUGAUUUUGUUUUUGUCAAUCGUUAUAUGCAUGCAAUAAGAAAACUGGCACCAUCUUGGUUGAUUAAUAAAACAUAUGAAAGCAGACUUGAACAAAACUUUGAUCAUGGACGGUAUGGUUUAAAACCGAAACAUCACGCUCUUGCACAGCAUGCUACUAUCAACGAUGACCUGCCGGGUCGUAUCGUUUGUGGGUCUAUUAUUAUUAAACCGAACGUUGCUCGUUUUACCGAACACGAUGUGAUAUUUGAGGAUGGUACAACUGUGUGUAAUGUUGAUACAGUAAUCUUUGGUACAGGUUAUUCAUUUCAAUUUCCAAUUGUUGAAGAUGGUAAUCUUAUACCUGUUACCGAUAAUGAGGUCGAUCUGUAUCUACAUAUGUAUCCACCACAAUUAUCGCCAAGGAAUAAUCUAGCUGUAAUAGGUCUUAUCCAACCGGUUGGUUCUAUAAUGCCUAUUUCUGAAAUGCAAUCUCGAUUUUACUGUGAAGUACUAGCUGGCCAUUGCAAGCUACCCAAAAUUCAAAAAAUGAAAAAAGAUAUUGAAAAAAGAAGAGCGGUAAUGGAGAAAAGAUUUCUGAAAAAUCGGCGACAUACUUUGGAGGUGGAUUAUGUAAUCUAUAUGGAUGAACUAGCGAAGAUGAUUGGUGCAAAACCGAAUUUGCUCAAGUACUGGUUCAGUGAUCCUCGUUUGGCAUACACUCUAUUGUUUGAAGGCUUGGCACCGUAUCAAUUUAGAUUAAAUGGACCACACGCAUGGGCCGGAGCGCGUGAUGCAUUACUGGGCAUGGCGAAACGGACAUUCGAUAAUUCCCGCACACGACGAACUCCCGAAACAAUGAAAUCAACACCGAUUAACAAGUUCUUCUAUUUUGUUAAAAUGACAAAGCCUUUUUAA